GCCUGAACAAACCCCAUUCGUUGGAAGACGGACGGAUCCGGCUCCCUUCUGAGGUCUGUUGAAUUUUGGUUCUGAUUGCAUCAAAACAAUGUCCGGUGGCAGCGGCGGUGGCGGUGGUCCUUCACUCAUGGACUCUCUCUUCCAACGCACCCUCGACGACCUAAUUAAAGGCAUCCGUAUCCAUGUUCCCGGCGCCGCCCAAUCCACCUUCAUCUCCAAAUCUCUCGACGAGAUCCGCCGCGAGAUCAAAUCCACAGACUUGCAAACCAAAUCCACCGCCCUUCAGAAACUCACUUACCUUCACUCCCUUCACGGCAUCGACAUGUCAUGGGCUGCUUUCCACGCCGUUGAACUCACCUCCUCCCCCUCUUUCAUCCACAAGAAAACAGGUUACCUCGCCGCAUCUCUUUCCUUCCGCCCUUCCACCGACGUACUCCUCCUUCUCACCAACCAGCUCCGCAAAGACCUCUCUUCCACCAACCAACACGAGGUAAGCCUUGCCUUAGAGUGCCUUUCCGUCAUCUGCACGCCUGAUUUUGCGCGUGAUUUAACUCCGGAUAUAUUCACUUUGUUGGCGUCUAGUAAGAAUUUCAUUAGAAAGAAAUCAAUUGCGUGUUUAUUGAUGGUUUUUAGCCAAUAUCCUGAUGCUGUUAGGGUGUGUUUUAAGCGGUUAGUUGAGAAUUUAGAGGGUACUGAUAAUGCUCAAACACUUGCUGCGACUGUUGGGGUUUUUUGUGAGCUUGCCAGUAAAGAACCUAGAUCGUAUCUCCCUCUUGCACCAGAAUUUUAUAGGAUUUUAGUUGAUUCCAGGAACAAUUGGGUGUUGAUCAAGGUUCUGAAAAUCUUUGCUAAACUUGCUAAAUUAGAGCCUAGGUUAGCAAAGAAGGUGGUUGAACCGAUUUGUGAUCAUAUGAAGCGGAGUGAGGCCAAGUCCUUGGUGUUUGAGUGCGUGAGGACUAUUGUGAGUAGCUUUUAUGAAUACGAGUUUGCUGUGAAACUUGCUGUAGCGAAGAUCAGAGAGUUCUUGUUGGAUAGUGAUCUGAAUCUCAAGUAUCUUGGAUUGCAAGGGCUUUUGCUUGUUGCACCAAAUCACUCAUGGGCUGUGUUGGAGAACAAGGAGGUAGUAAUAAAGUCAUUGAGCGAUGUUGAUCGAAAUAUAAAGCUGGAAGCUUUGAGGCUUGUGAUGUCGAUGGUUUCUGAUGAUAAUGUGGUUGAAAUUUGCAGGGUUUUGAUUGGUUAUGCACUGAAAUCUGAUCCCGAGUUUUGCAAUGAGAUUCUAAGGUCCAUGUUAUUGACUUGUUCUAGAAAUGUUUAUGAAAUUAUCAUUGAUUUUGAUUGGUAUGCGUCACUUCUCGGGGAAAUGGCGAGGAUUCCGCAUUGCCAAAAUGGAGAAGAAAUAGAGUACCAGCUGAUAGAUAUUGGUAUGAGAGUGAAAGAUGUUAGACCAGAGCUUGUUCGUGUUGGUCGUGAUCUACUGAUUGACCCAGCUUUGCUAGGGAAUCCUUUCAUUCAUAGAAUAUUAUCUGCGGCUGCUUGGGUGUCAGGGGAAUAUGUUUGGUUUUCAAGGAAUCCAUUUGAGAUCAUGGAAGCACUACUACAACCCCGCACUAAUCUGUUGCCCCCAUCCAUAAGAGCUGUAUACAUUCACUCUGCCUUUAAAGUACUGAGCUUUUGCCUUCAUUCUUUUCUCUUGCCCAACAAGACUGCAAAUUCUCUUUCAAAAUUUGCUGAUAUGGAACCAGAUUUCAUAUAUUCAGAAUCUGAAGGGGAAUUUCCAGAAACAUCAGGUUUAAGACCGCAUCAGGAAUUUAACCCCAGGGAUUUAAGUGAAAAAAAUGCAGAUAAUGCUACGAUUUCUUCAAGUUCGCUCAAGAACGAUACUUUUACACGGGAGUCUGUUGUUAAUAUGUUGACUCUUAUUCUAACAUCUUUAAGCCCAUUGGCCGGAAGCCAUGAUGUUGAAAUAGAAGAGAGAGUGAGGAACCUCUUUGGUUUAGCUCAGUUGGCACAAGAAGAGAUAUGUUGUCAUGAUGAUCGCAAAGAAAUGAUGGUUGAUAGGGAUGAUCUAAAAACUUCUAUUAUCAUCAGAUUAAUCAAUGAUGCACUCUCGGAGGAUUUUGGUCCAGUUUCAUUGAGUGCUCAAGAGAGGGUUCCUGUCCCAGAUGGGUUAGUGCUCGAGGAAAAUCUUAGCAAGUUGGACAUUAUAUGUGCAGAUGUUCAGUUACCGAAAAGUAAAUCGUUUUCCCUUGUAAGGCCUAGUCUCUUGCAGAUGGAUGGUGAUUUUGUUUCUAGUCGGCAGAAUGAAGAAGAAUCUGAAACAUCUGCUGCUGAAUCCACGUCCCUACUUUCUGAACAUCGAAAGCGACAUGGGUUGUUUUAUCUUCCUUCUGAUAAUAAUCAAAAUGCAUCCACAGGCUUCCAACCUGCCAAUGAUCCUAAUCAGAAAGAUAAUGAUGUGGAGGAUCUGGUUAAGCUGACAGAAGAAUCUCUAGUACUAAAGAGGAAGUCAAAUCUAGCUAGGCCAAGGCCUGUUGUAGUCAAACUGGAUGAGGGAGGGAGACUUCCUAUCACAGUGAAGAAAACACAAUCAACUGACGAUUUGAUCUCUGGAGCUGUGCGAGAUGUUCUUUUAGGAAAUGAAGCUUCAUCGCAGAGCAAUCAGUCAGGUAAGCCAUCAAGCAGAAGAAGGGGCAAGGCACUUUCCAAAGUUGAUCAGGGAUCUGAAUCCAACAAUAACAUGGAGAAUUUUGAAAUUGGUAAUUCCAGUAAAAGAAGAAGCAAACAUCGUAUUCAUGGUAAAGACAAAAAGCAUCCAAGUCCAGGUAAUGAUGUUGAGGGAAGAGAUGAAAAUGGUGAAGUAAAUAAGCAGAAAAGUGGUAGCCGCCAUGGCAGGCAUAAAGCUAGGCAAAGAGCUGAUGGAGGCAUCAAUGUGGUUGUUCAAAAACCAGUAAUACCUGAUUUCCUUUUAUAGUGUUUCAUCCAACGUUGCCGUAAUUUUAUUUGCAUAAAUUGAGAUGAUAUUUGUCUUAUAUCAUUCUACUAGGAGCACCAAGGUCAGUUUACUAUUAGAGUUGUACUGUUUCAUGUUGCCGCUGUAUGCUUGUAUACUUUUUCUUUUGAAAAUAUGACCUGUGGAGUUGGGGAUGUUUGUGGCAGUGUUUUUGUUGAUUGAUUUGAUUGUAAUACAUUAUAAUGAAAUAGUACCAUUUUUUCCUCAGUAUAUUGCAUAUCUUCUUAUUUGUAUUUAAGCAUGAC